AUGAAUGGCUGCUUCCAUUUGCUUUUUUCCAGGAAGGGAUUCCUAGGAAUUACUGUGCUAACUAGUGGAGCUGGAUUAUUGAGUACGUUCUCCCCAAAUUAUGCUUCUUUGGUGAUAAUUCGUUGUUUGGUUGACAUGGGCCUAGGUGAUUCCACCGUAUUCUGCUCCUGGUUUCUAGAGUUUGUUCCUGCUCCACAUAGAGGCACGUGGAUGGUUGUCUUCUCAACUUUCUGGACAUUGGGUACAAUUUUUGAGGCUUCACUUGCAUGGGAAUGGGACUUGGAGGAUGCAUUUUACAGAAUAUGGAAUGAAAAUGAAAGCAAUCCUGGCAUUCUUCUUCUCUACAACAACUCCAUUCGGAAUUCAUCAUCUGCUGGAUUACUAAAUUACAUGGCACUGGUAGACCUCUUAGCAACUGACUUCAUGGGGCCUAAACUGCGAGACAGUAUGAGGCUUCAGGUAUGGUCAUAUAUUGCAGUUCUACUCGGCACAGGAGUCAUGUCGCUUCUGACGAAAUGGGCUUAA